CGCAACCCAAGAGAGAAUCUGUGAAACGCAAGCACAACACAAAUGAGAAUCGGUGAAACGCAAGCGCAACACAGGUGAGAAUCGGUGAAACGCAAGCGUGACACAAGUAAGAAUCGAUGAGAAACGCAAGCGCAACACAAGUGAGAAUCAGUGAAACACAAGUGAAAAUAAGUGAAACGCAAGCGCAGCACAAGUGAGAAUCGGUAAAUGCAAGCGCAACACAAUUGAGAAUCAGUUAAUCGCUAGGGCAACUCAAGAAAGAAUAGUGAAACGCAAGAGCAACACUAGAGAGAAUCAGUGAAACCCAAGCGCAACACAAGUGAGAAUCAGUGGAUAUGCAAGCGCAACACAAAUGAGUAUCAGUGAAAUGCAAGCGCAACACUAGAGAGAAUCAGUUAAAACCAAAGCGCAACACUAGAGAAUCGGUGAAACGCAAGCGCGAGAAACAGCAAAAUGGAAACGCCUUUUUUUCCGGACCGCAAUGAAGAAAAAAAAUUGCAGUGAAAAAAAUGUACCCCAUGCAUGGUACCAUCGCUAUUGAGUCCUAUAUUCAUACUAUGAGGUCAUCAUUUUUGGGAACUGCUGGAGUGUAACAACCUUUCGAAAGUGAAAAUCUGCUUCGCUGGCGUAAUUACUUGCCUUGAGAACGCUCUCGCUAUCAUUCUUCAUUUCUACUCACGAAAUUUCAAGUCAACAGUGGCUCGAUAUCAUCUCAGUUUUCUAACGGUUCAGAAAAUCUCCAAUAAGGCUUGAGGCAUACGUCGAACCGAACUUCAACCGAAUUAAUUGAAUAACUGGCGUGUGUCCAAGGCAAGCUUAUUUCCAGUGUCUGCAUACGUCGAGUCUAUUUUUCAGGAAAUUCUAGAGUUUCUCCAGCCGCGGGAUGGAUAAUGAGGGCGAGCCCUUCACUCACUGGGACGUGGCCGAGUUGGAGAGGGUGCAAAGGGUGCGUCCAAACCUGCCCGUCAUUUUCUGGUUCCUCUUAAUAUGGGGGACGGAGAUCAGUCCGCUUACGCCAGCCCAGCAGAUUCAGUUACUGAAGGUGUGCUACGACAUCGCCUUCUUGCUAAGAGACAGUGAGAUGAUGGUGGCGGUGUAUGGGAGUGCGGGUAAGGUGUAUCGUGAGAUGCGUCUGUUUGACCAAGCACUGGCAUGUUUGUCAACGGCACUAGAAAUUGCAAAAGCAAUAGGCAGCAUAGAGCUGCAGGCAAAAUGUUUUCAUGACAUGGGCAGUACCUAUAUCAAGCUUCAUAACUACAACAAGGCACUGGACUACUACAAGCAGUCACUAAACGCCUACAUGAAGACUGGGGAAGAGCGUGGACAAGCAAAUGUUUAUAAAAACAUUGGUACUCUUUACAUGACCCUCGGUGACAAUGGUCAAGCCAUGGUGAACUACAAACAUGCGUUAUGUAUAUACGAGAAGUUCGGGGAAGAGCGUAAACAAGCAGAUGUUUAUAACAAUAUCGGUGUUGUGUUCAUGUCCCUCGGUGACAAUAGUCAAGCCAUGGAAAACUACAAACAUGCGUUAUGUAUAUACGAGAAGUUCGGGGAAGAGCGUGAACAAGCCGAUGUUUAUAGCAACAUCGGUAAUACGUACUACACCCUCGGUGACAAUGGUCAAGCCAUGGUGAACUACAAAAAUGCGUUAUGUAUAUACGAGAAGUUCGGGGAAGAGCUUAAACAAGCAGAUGUUUAUAACAAUAUCGGUUUUGUGUUCAUGUCCCUCGGUGACAAUGGUCAAGCCAUGGAGAACUACAAACAUGCGUUAUGUAUACACGAGAAGUUUGGGGAAGAGCUUAAACAAGCAGAUGUUUAUUCCAACAUCGGUGCUGUGUUCAAGUCCCUCGGUGACAAUGGACAAGCCAUGGAAAACUACAAACAUGCGUUAUGUAUAUACGAGAAGUUAGGGGAAGAGCGUAAACAAGCAUAUGUUUAUUUCCAAAUCGGUGCUGUGUUCAAGUCCCUCGGUGACAAUGGUCGAGCCAUGGAAAACUACAAACAUGCGUUAUGUAUACUCGAGAAGUUCGGGGAAGAGUGUAGACAAGCAGAUGUUUAUAACAACAUCGGUGCUGUGUUCUAUUCCCUCGGUGACGAUGGUCAAGCUAUGAUGAACUACAAAAAAGCGUUAUGUAUAUUCAGGAAGUUUGAGGAAGAGCACGGGCUAGCAACCGCAUGUGGUAACAUUGCUAAUAUUGCUCGAUUUUAUGAUCCCGUGGAAGCAAUGGAGCUUUACCGGUCGGCACUAGCUCUUUUUCAAAAACACGGUGACGUGAUUCGUCAGGCUGAAACAUGGCACAACAUAGGUAUCGUGUAUCUGAAUAUGUCGGAGGAUCCAGAGGCAGAGAAGAGUUUAAAAGAGAGUUUACGGCUUUUUGAACUAGUAUUUAUGAACCUUGGAAGCCUCGAAAAAUUGAAAAUUACCGUUAUAGAGACUUACAUCAAAACAUAUCGUUGUCUUUUUCGAGUCUCCAUUAUACUAGACAAACCAGAACAGGCGUUACUAGCAAGCGAACAAGGACGAUCACGCGCUCUCAAAGAUAGCCUACAAAAAAAAUAUGGACUAGAAAGCAAUGCCCCCAGUGAUGAGGACACACGCUAUACAAGCUCAUUAAUCAGUGAAGACAAUACGUCGUUUGUUGUCAUUUGCUUGUCACUAGAAUGGCUUCAUUUGUUUACACUUGCAAGCGGGAAGCCCUUGGUUACCGAAUCGGUACCAAAAGAAAUAUUCUCAAGCGUCGAGUCUGAAAUCAAUGGAAAAGAGUGGUUACGAGACUACAUAGACAGGAUGGUAAAUGAGGCAAAUGCACACGUUCGUCUAAACCGUGACGAAUCGUUUGAAGACAGAUCCCUGAGAUUGAGCUGCGAUGACGACGGUGAUGAGUCACGGCAGCCAUCCGUGUUGGCACGAGGCGUGAGAACAGCUACCGAGAUUGAGAGGGCUCGCAAGUCGACUGAGGUCAGAGCCGAGCCAAGCGAGAACAGUGAAGACGGGAACUUCCCUGAAACAAGCUCGACAAAUAGUCAGGCUACUGGUGGUACACAGAAUCAACCUCAACUACCUACCCAAGCUCCAAUGAGCCAAGCCACAGGGAUACCACAAGAAAGCGAUGCAAUCACCUCUGUUAAAGUGCCGCAGGAGCACGAGGAUGACACGUGUACACCACUCCUACCAAGCGGUCCCGAGACACCCAUACACCACGACCCGCUAGAAGUGUUGUACCGACUGCUGAUCUCUCCAAUUGAGGAUCACCUCACUGGGCCUGAAGUGGUGUUCAUUCCGGAAGAUUUUACUUUCAAGAUUCCAUUUGGGGCCAUGAAAGACCCCGAUGGGAGAUUCUUGGCUGAGCGAAAACGCAUCCGGACUGGCCCAUCGCUGUCUACCCUCAAGCUGCUGAGGGAGUGUCCUGAACACAAACACAGCAAGCAGAGUGUGCUGGUUGUCGCCAACCCGAGAUCUAAUGUGAACGUUGAGUGGCCCGAUGAGUUCGGACAACUUAAGGUCAAGCCAUUCAGUGAUACAUUUGCAGGUCUCCCUAAGGCAAGUGAAGAAGCAAAAAUGAUCCGCGAUCUUCUGCCCGAUGUGACUUGUCUGAUGGAAAAGCGAGCAACAAAGAAUGCGAUCCUUGCCAAGCUCAAGGAGGGUGUCGGGAUAAUCCAUAUCGCAUCGCAUGGCAACGCAAGGACAGGGAAAAUCCUAGUAGCCCCUGGACCACGCCCACAUGACGAAAUCGCCCCCUCCAAAGACUUCCUUCUGACAUUGGAGGAGAUCUACUCGUGCCAAAUCAACGCGCGUCUUGUUGUGCUGUGCUGCUGCCAUAGCGGUACAGGCGAGAUCAGAGCCGAGGGUGUAAUGGGACUCACCCGAGCGUUCCUCGCUGCAGGAGCGCGCUCUGUUCUUGCCACACUAUGGCAGAUCAGCGAUGAGGCUACGCUUUACUUCAUGAAGCGUUUUUAUGGCCAUCUGGUCAGCGGACUGACUGCUAGUGCCAGUCUCCAACAGACUAUCCGCGACACAAUCGCCGACAAAGACAAAUACAGCCACCCGUACUACUGGGGGGCAUUUAUCUUAGUCGGCGACGAUGUUACUCUCACGGGAUGUUGUGAAUAAUGAGGGCUUAAAUGAAGCUCAACAUAUAGUGUGUAAAUGGACGAUGUUACUCUCACGUAAAGAUGUAAAUAAUGAGGGCUUAAAUGAAGCUCAACAUAUCAUAGUGUAUAAAUGGACGAUGUUACUCUCACGUAAAGAUGUAAAUAAUGAGGGCUUAAAUGAAGCUCAACAUAUCAUUGUGUAUAAAUGGAAGAUGUUACUCUCAUGUAAAGUUGUAAAUAUUGAGGGCUUAACUUUAGUCCAAUACAUCUUUCUGUAUGAGGGAGCCAUUUCAUUCUAAAAUAGAGUUUUGAAUUAGGUAAAUUAUUGUAUCAGUGUAGCUUCGUGUUACCUCUCUAUUUGAAGGGUCGAUUUAUUUGUAAUUUUGUUGUCAAUAGAGACAAGCUUUAUUGCUACGCUGGAUUUUAUAGGAUGCCUGUAGCUAGAAAUAUCUAGAAACAGAAGUGUAUAUAUUUGUAAAUUGAGAUUUGCAAUUUAAAGCACAUUAAAAAGCAUUUUAACUU